AUGCAAGAAAAUAAUGAUGCUAACGUUCAGAUGGAUAAUUAUGUCCUCAGUUAUGUAAAGAUAAAAACCAAGGCAUUAUCAACAUGUAUUGGGAUAUUAUUAGAUGGAUCAAUAGACGAUAAACAAUUUUGUUUCUUGUCGCAUUCAUCAAAACUUGAUGAACAUGAAGAUGAUAAUGUAGAAGAUUUACUUAUUCGUUUACUUGAAGAUUUAUCAUCUAAGUUGAUGGAAGUAUUAUGUGUUAAUUCUUUAUCAUCGAAAAAGCAUUCAAUCAACAAUCUCAAAUUGUUGAUUGCAGGAGGUUCAUUCGAUGAACAUAUACUGACACGUAAGGCUUUUUCUUUGCUGAAUGAACGUAGAACUUCACAUGUAAUACAAAAAUUAAGCACAGAUAAAAAUAUUAAUCAUCUUCUACAAGAGUUAAAAGAUCGUGUGGUAAUAAUUCAACCGGUAACAUAUGUUUUAUCAGACGUUGAUGAAGACAAAGGUGAGUAA